GAGAUGUCUACAAAAGCUUGCUAUCAUUGAUAUUGAGAACCGAGCUAACUGAAUCCAAAACGCCUCCCACAGCUGGUUAAACUCAUAAAUAGCACUCGCUCUUACGCUCCCCAGCGAUUGACCAUCCUUCCCUUCCGUCAUGGCCACCAUAGCACGCGUCUCCGUCACCGCUACGGGCCGAGUAGUCGAGAUCCCUACCGGUCUCUUCAUUAACAACGAGUUCGUUCCUUCCGUCGAUAACCAGGACCUUAUCGAUGUCUAUAAUCCUGCCACGGAAGAAAAAAUCUGUUCUGUAGUCGGAGCCUCCGCCGCUGACGUUGAUCGUGCCGUCAAGGCUGCCCGCGACGCGUUCAACACCACUUGGGGGAAGAACGUUUCCGGAUUCGAGAGGGCGAGACUUAUUAACAAACUCGCCGACCUCAUCGACAGGGAUAAGGACGAACUCGCUGAGAUCGAAACCUUAAACAACGGCAAACCUUUCAAAAUUGCUAGGGAUUUUGAUAUUGGGGAUACCAUUUCUUGCUUGCGAUACUACGCUGGCUGGGCGGACAAGAUAGCAGGACAGACGCUCGAAGUUGAUAAAAACAAAUGGGCGUACACUAAACACGAACCUAUUGGCGUCUGCGGUCAAAUUAUCCCGUGGAACUAUCCUAUCAACAUGUGGUCUUGGAAGGUCGCUCCCGCCCUCGCCGUCGGAUGCACCAUCGUGAUGAAGCCCUCGGAGAUAACUCCUCUCACCGCUCAGCUGCUCUCGAAGCUGAUUGUCGAGGCAGGAUUCCCUCCCGGUGUUAUCAACCACGUCUGCUCCGUCGGUAACGUGGGUGGAGCUGCGAUUUCUGCCCACAUGGGGAUUGACAAAGUCGCCUUCACCGGCUCGACUGUCACCGGCCGCAAGAUUAUGGAGUCCGCUGCCAGGAGCAACCUCAAGAAGGUUACUCUUGAACUUGGCGGAAAGUCUCCGCACCUUGUGUUCGAGUCCGCUGAUCUCGAGGAGGCCGCUAAAUGGGUUUGCCUUGGUAUCCUGUACAACUCAGGACAGGAUUGCAGUGCAGGCUCUCGCCUGUACGUUCAGGACACAAUCCACGAUAAAUUUGUGUCCCUUCUUGUCCAGAGGGCCAAGGAGCUUGUCAUUGGCGAUGGAUUUGAUGAAAAGAGUGGUGGAGGCCCCGUGGUCUCCAAGAUGCAAUACGAUAAGAUCUGGUCGUACAUCGAAAGCGGCAAGGCUGAUGGCGCGACAGUGGUCUGCGGUGGACAGAAACGCACAAGCAAGGGCUACUAUGUAGACCCCACUAUAUUCACCAAUACUCGUGAGGACAUGAAGAUUGUGAAAGAUGAGAUCUUCGGCCCCGUCCUUGUGGUUGGCAAGUUCAAGACCGAGGAGGAGGCCAUCAAACUCGCCAACGAUACCUCUUAUGGUCUUGGCGCAGGUUUACACUCCAAUGAUGCCGGACAGUGCCUGCGCGUUUCGAAUGCCCUUGAGUCGGGGACGGUGUGGGUAAACCAGUACAACUUGCUGACCAACAAUGUUCCUUUCGGUGGCAAGAAACAGAGUGGGAUUGGUCGCGAGCUCGGUAGCUACGCCAUUGAAGAGUACACCUCGGUCAAAGGUGUACACUGGAACUACGGCGAGAAACUGGCCUGGCCGCUGUAAAAUAUAGUCGAGCAUCAGACACAUGUACAACCAUCAUGUACAACCAUCUUGACACGUCUUGGAUGUAUAGCAUAACGACUCGCUAGCUGAACAAGCCAAUGUACUAUUACUGUGAUAUCAAUGCAUUGACCAUGAUGUUACUAAAAUUACAAAGACAGGUAGUCCUUCACUUCUUCCUCAGUCAGCUUCCUAAAUACCGGCUUUGGCCGUCCGGUUUCCCCUCCAAUCUUACCUUCCUCGAGUUCUUCCUGCGUUGGAACGGUCACAACACCAAUUUCAAUAGUCUUUUCUGUCAUCUGACCCUCGAAUCCCUCCUUCAGAGUGAGUAGAGCGGUAUGAAUCGCAUCCUCCAAGCUGAUGUCGUCGUUGUAUCGUUUCUCUAAGAAGGUCUUGGCAUUUGUCAUGUUCUUCCCGAUGGCACUGGCUUUCCACGCCCAAAAUGAGCCAGAGGGGUCCACCUGGAAUAAUGUAGGACCACGGUUGAUGUCCCAGCCCGCAACGAGUAGCGAUACGCCAUAGGGACGUACACCUCCUGAUUGCGUGGCCUGUUGCAUGACAGCAGCGAGCUCUUGCGUCAGCACUCGUGUUGGCGGGUACUCUCCAUAGACCUUCCAGUAUGCCUGCGCACUCUUGCGCGCUCGAGCAAUCAGAACGCGGAAAUCGGGUCCCAUGCCUGAGUAUACGAUGCCGAUGUUCGGGCAUACAACAGCGACCUUCUCGAGCAUCGAAUCGUCUAUGAGUAUUGACGAUGACUUCUUCUCAGUAGCGAUAACAAUCCCAUUGGAAGCUUUGAUUCCUAGACUGGUCGUUCCCUGAGAGACAGCAGCAAGUGCAUGUUCUAUCUGCACUAGCUUGCCGCUAGGGGAGAAUACGGUGAGGGAGUAGCUGUAUGCACCACCGUCCGCGCUUGCCAUGGGUGCGAGUGAGGUAUGAAGUCAAGGUUUACAACGG